AUGUUUCAAAGCGAAUCAGCCGAAACUAGCAUCACCAUUUCUGAUAUGAACGCCAUCACAACGCUUACCUUACUUAUAUUUUUGUACUCUGGGGAUUUAGCAGAAUACACAGACGAUUAUAUCGCUAAGCAAGUUUACGAUGCAGCUACUAAAUAUGAAAUGUCUACACUGAAAACAAAGUGUAUAUCUUAUCUGCAUUCGAAUAUGACAAAAGAAAACGUCAGUGGCAUUCUUCUUUUUGCCGAUGAAAAGAAUGAAACAGAAUUGUACCAAAAUGCGCUAAAGUUUCUUGAUUCUUGUAAUGAUGAGGUUUUUACAACAAAUGGAUGGAAGCUCUUAUUCGAAUAUAAUCCACACCUAGCAGCAAAGUGCUUGCAGGAAUUACUGAUGAUGCGAAAAAGUUGCAAACGUUAG